GGAUGCCCUUACCCUGUGGCGGGGUUGCCACAAUGUACCAAACCCUGUCCGCCUAACUGCGAGCAAUGUUACCCAGGCACCGGGAUGUGUAAGACGUGUAAGAUUGGUUACAAAGGAUAUGCCUGUGAAUUAAUUUGUCAUGCAGUUGUUAAUAUAACGGUGAAUCCAAAAAGUGCGACCAAUUCCUCCAACUACACGACAAUGUUUACUCCUGAUGGACUCACAUUUCCGUCGCCCGGAGAUGUCCAAACUCUGUACAUCUACAUAUCUUUGUCAGAUCAGUCUUCGGAUCUAUUAAAUAUGUCAAUCAAAAUUGACAAUGCAAUCAACUUCAAUGUCGUAUUAAUAGCGAACAAUAUGCAGUCGAAAAAGUACGAUGGUCCUAAAUAUGGACCGCCGCAAAAAGAGUUUACAAUUCAAAACGGAUUAAACACAAAAGUGUUUGCCAUACGUGUAACUGUGGUCUAUAUGAAGCCAAUCAGGAUCUCGAAUUUGAAACUUCCCCUGAGGAAUUGUUUCAAUGAUACUACAAAUGCCUCAACACGAUCAAAUUGA